AAACUGACCGAUGUACCUCAAUUAAAGGUGAAACUACGUAGUCAACUUUUUUUUUGUGCUGAGCUUAGAAUUAAUUAAUUUUAAGAGAGAAACUUUGACUCAACAAAAAAAGUUACCACAGCACAAAUUGACAAUUGACACAAAGUAUCAAAAUGUCAUCAAAACCGAGCACAUCGCGAGCUGGAAAUGCCGAAGUGAAAGUUAAGAAGGGACCUUCGCCACUAGUGAAAGCUUACCUGAUCUUGUACAAUGCCGUUCAAGUUGUCGGAUGGAGUUACAUGCUGUAUCAGCUCUUCGCCUUCUACACAAUCGAUAAACAAGAGAAAUUAUCACUAUGGGAGUAUCUGAAAUGGACAGUGAUGAUUUUCCAAAAUUUAGCUGUUUUGGAAAUCUUCCAUGCCGCAUCAGGAAUCGUUCCCAGUAACGUCGUAAUUACAACUUUCCAAGUUUUUUCUCGUGUCAUGGUCGUUUGUGGCGUCGUUUGGGCCACGCCAACAGGUCAAGUCUCUCCUGGAUUGCCAUUGGCGUUGCUCGCUUGGUGCAUUACUGAGAUUAUCCGUUACGGAUAUUACGCUCUCAGUCUCUUGAAUGCCGUUCCUCACCUUCUAGUCUGGUUUAGAUAUACCACAUUUAUCGUUCUUUAUCCAAUCGGCGUCACGGGUGAACUUUUGUGCUUCUACUGGGCCCAAAGUUAUGUGCGCGAAACAAAAUUAUGGAGUGUCGAGAUGCCAAAUCCGUGGAAUUUCACAUUUUCGUACUUUUACUUCUUGUGGAUCGUGAUGCUCGGUUACAUUCCAAUCUUCCCGCAUUUGUAUUUGCACAUGUUCGCGCAGCGCAAAAAGAUUCUCGGGGGCGGAGGUAACAAGAAGAAGCAAUAAAAUCCCAAUUUUUUCAACUACUACCUCACUUUUCCGCUUUUUUGGUCACUUUUUGUGAUUUAAUCUCUUUUCAACAACUAACAACGAGUUUUUAAGUGGCGAAGGGUGUGAUGGGUUACCAUUUCAUUGUUAAAUAUUUCAUAAGGCAAGUGCAAUUUCAAAAAAUGUUUCAAAAUUAAUCCUAAUUAAUUUUGUAGAAAAUUAAAAAUGAGAUUAAUGAAUAAUGAAAAAGGUCAUUUUUGGAUUUUUUUUUAAUUAAAAUGUAGAAAAUU